AUGCACUUUGGUCCGGAGUGGAUGCGCCCGAAACAAGCUCCAGCGCACAACAACAGCUCGUCGCGCUCGCAACAUGACCAUUCGCCUGACCCAGGCGCAGGAGCACCAUCGACUCCCGGUGCUGCCACGUACUCUGCUCUUGUCACGCCGGCACCACCUGUAGCAGCGGAAAAACGCAAUGCAACGAAUCCAUUCAGCUAUACGAAGGAGGAGUUGCUCGCAAUCUAUAAGGAGGGUGGUGGCCAGGGAGGGCUCGGGAUUGAGGUGGAGAGAUGGGAAGGAGUGGUGCGCGAAGUCGGUUCGGAACCCGUCGGAUUGAAGGAGAUGACCGAGGCGGAGAAGAAGUUGUUCCUUGGGCCUCUGAACUCCGAGCUUCGCCGCCGCCAGUCUACAGACUACCUAUCCCCCUUGAACACGCCUGCCAUAGGUGGAGAGCGCCCUCGAUUGGUGCAUCAAGCAUCAGGCGCUAUAAGCCCAAUGCGCGAGAAGUUCAGUGGUCUCAUGGGUAGGCGAAGAGACUCUGAUACUCUACCACCUACACUACCGCGGAAGUUGUCACUGUCGUCAGUGCAAAGUACAUCGCGCGACGGUGCUUUGCCAUCUCCGCGAACCAGAACUGGAUUCACACCGGGGUUCGAUGGUAUCCUGAGCACCCCUAAGGAGGAUUCUUGGAUGGCGAAACGGCGCGCCGAACAGGGUCUCCCUAAGCCGGCUAAUGGAUCCUGGCGCGCAGGCGAUCCAUCGGAUGUCAAAGGGCUUGGGAUCAAGGAAGAACCCGAGGAAGGAAUCCCGCCUUCCAAUGGGCAAAUCCAUGCUGAGCCAGAGUCCUAUACGAACGGCGUGGAACCCGAAGGGGAAGGACCUGCUAAUACGAACACUGCCCGCGCUCACGGGACUGGGCAGGGUCUGGACGUUCAAAGUGGUGUGGGCUCAGACACAGCGCAACCUUCAGUGCAAGACCUCAAAAGUGUUGAAUGGUCGUAUAUAGAUCCUCAAGGCAUUGAACAAGGUCCUUUCCGCGCCGAUAUCAUGCAGAAAUGGCACGACGAUGGAUACUUCACACCGGAUCUACGUAUGAGACGCACUCGAAUUGAUCGAGAUUGGACGACUGUAGCCGAAUUGUGGCUUCGUGCGGGAGAUGAAGCUCCGAUCUUCCUGACACCAAUCAUGGAUGUUGUCGCCCCUCCUGGACUCGCACGGCGCAAUGACAAGGUCACGGAGUCGCCGAUCACAGCUACUCCUCCUUAUCAACCGGUACCCCAGAGGACUCUGCGAGGCAAUAACUUGGACGCGUUCCUAGGAGACGGGUCUACUCCGUCGGACUCCCCCGCCUCUUCCUUUGGCGCGGCCCGAUUUGGCAAUGGUACGCCCGAACUUACUGGCUUCGGUGGGCGCGCAGCUGGGGGCAUAUACGCUCCAGGCGAACCGCUGGGCGGCAGUCGUUUGUCCGGUCUUGGUGUUGGUACAGACGCUGGAACGCCAUUCAGAAGAAAUACUCAGGCGGAUCAGAUACUUGGACCUGGCUUUGCGAAUCAGGCUCCAACUCGAGCUGCAACUCUGGACAACUAUCCAUUUAGUGGAUUCCAGAGCAACAAUGUAGUGGGUUCGCCUGCUCUGCAAUCGCCCAUCACCCCGGGCAACUUCGGUCCGAAUCAACCCAGGCUUGCAAGCCUAGGUCAUGGUCUUGGAGGUCAAAUGGGCCCUCUGAAUGGCUCCCCCACGCCCUACAAUCGUGAUGCAUUCGGCAACCCUAUCCUUGACGAGAGGAUGGACAUUCCAGGACGGGCCGUGUAUAACAACAGCAACUAUGGCAGUGUUCAGGGCUCACCGUUCGAUCGCCCCCAGCACGCUAUGUCAUCCCCGUCGCUGGCGAGAGGAUCUCCCUCUCUACACGCCGCCAGUCCCGUCAUGAGUCAAGGUCUUACUGCUUCGCCUCAUAUUGGCCACCCACAGCCUGCUAGCACUAUUCCCACUUCUGGUAUGUCAAGGGGUCCCUGGGAUGAUAUCGACCCCGCUGGUCAGCGCCGUGCACGACCCUUCGAUGCUCUCCAACCACAGGUUCAUGGUUCGGAGCUAGCGCGCUCGAAAUCCAGGGGAAGCUCUUCCCGCGAUGUAGAGGCCAGAGGGUUCGAGGCAAAUAUAGCACAGCAGGAACAUGUCUCAUCUGACACUUGGGCUCAGAAUCGGAACGCACCUGCUACUCAAUCGAUAGGUGUGCCUCAGAACGCGUCGCCAUGGGUUUUGGCCUCCAAAGGAGUCGUUGAUGAGCGAUGGGGAGAAACGCCUGGCGAUCCCAACAGGCUGACCCACCGCAAUCUGAUGAAGCUCGCGGAGCAGCAGCAGCGGGAUCACGAUCCGAGAUUUGGUUCUCAAAGGUCGGAGAAGCAACAGGAGAUCGCAAUGGUUGCAGAGAGCCCCAUCUCGGCGCAGCCAGAACCGGCUGUUCCUCUCACAAGCACCGCUGCCCCUGCUUCUGCGGAACCUGCCGAUGUCUCGACGCCUACCGUGAAGCCGAGGCGCAAGUCCGCAGUUCAAACGCAAGCGGCCACCGUACAGCCUGCCGCGCAUACGCCCCCCGUUCCACAAGCCCCCCAAGCUGAGAGCACAGCUACUGUCACUGCUGGAUCCAAAGCCGCGCCCUGGGCCGUCGACGAUAAGAGCAAAACACCCGCAACCGCCAUGGGGCUGCGCGAGAUUCAGGAGGCUGAGGCGAAGCGCGCAGAGGCCCAGAAGAGGGCUGCCGAAAAAGCAGUUCGUGCCGUCGCUGCUUCGCCGGUAGCACCUGCAUCCGAGGAACCAGCAACGUUCACCACCUCUUGGGGCCUGCCGACGUCCAAGGCCGGCGUUGCACGCGCAGGGAAGGACGCCACCGGGACAACGGGCUCCCCUAUCACUCCUGCCUCACCCGCCGUGCCGGUUCCCGUUUGGACCAAUGCUGUCAAGGCGCCUGCAGCGAAGAAGACCAUGAAGGAGAUUCAAGAGGAAGAAGAGAAGCGCAAGAAACUGGCCAAGGAGAAGGAGACGGCUGCUGCCACUGCUAGGAGAGCGUAUGCCGAAACCACCACCAAGACUGUCGUGCCUUCUGCUCAGGCAACCGGUGGCGCCUGGACUACAGUAGGUGCCAAGCCUGCCACUCCCGCCGCCGUUCGUCCCGCAGCGACUCCCGCAGCGAGCUCCAGCCCUGCGCCGCCUACAGCUGCGACUCGCGUCACCGCCAACGGUACUUCCGCUCGUACCGUGAGCACUCCACAGGCGACAAAGCCUGCUCCCUCAGCGCCGAAGGAUGAUUUCCCUCUUCCACCUUCGCAAGACUUCCUUAGGUGGCUCGCUGACACGCUCAAGGGACUGAGCAGCUCGGUCAAUCUCGAGGAAAUUACGUCCAUGCUUCUCUCGUUCCCGCUCGACCCCGAUCCAUCCACGACGGAGAUCAUCUCCGAUCUUAUUUACGCGAACAGCACGACCAUGGACGGUCGUCGCUUCGCGUCCGAUUUCAUCAAUCGCCGCAAGGCCGACGCCACCAACCGCUCGAAGAACGGCGCGGCGUCCGGUGCGACGGGCAAGGGCACUUCGGCCGCUGAUGUCGUGAAGGCCCAGCCGAAACCGGCCCAGCCCGAAUGGGGUUUCAAGGUGGUCAACAAGAAGAAGAAGAACGCCCGUGCCUGAGCAGCGUCGGGCGGUCCUCGAUCUGGUUUAGCUGACAGCCUACCCCGAAUACGUUCAUUGCCUUUCGACGGCUGCCAGCCCGACCCGCAUCUGAACCUAUACGCUCUUUGAUUUACCAGCUAGCUGUAAUACUAAUGAAAUGCGAAUGUCACACUUCUUAAAGAAAUAAUCAUCAUGUUAAUGUCC